AUGGUAGCUAAAGAACCUUACCAAGACCCAGUAGAAGAAAACACUGACUUGCAAGAAUCAUAUGAGGCAGAAGAAACCCUCUCUCUGUGUGAUCUUCCCAUCUACAGCGAUCCAUCCGACCGGGAUGACCACUCAAAAGAUCGAGACCAAAGCUUGCCCCAAGACGACGAUUUCUUUGAAUUCUUAAGCGAGGACUUCACAGCCUCCACUUGUGCAGCAACAGCUAAUAAGAACAUCAUCUUCUGCGGCAAACUCAUCCCCUACAAAGAACUACCCGGCACCGAAAACACCCGGAAUCAUGAAAGCACGGGUACAAAAGAUUUCACACGAAGAAAGACUUUCUUUGAUGGAAAUCACUCUGUCGAUUUCAACAAGAAAAAAAGUACCUCAAAAUACUCGAAGCUGCAAUCGGAUAAAGAUUCGAACACCUUGUCAUUGGCUUCGCCAAAAAGCCACGUUUAUGAAACAAGGAAGUGCGAUUUUGCAGUAGGGAAAGUAUCAUUGAUGGCGUCUCCGGCGAAGUCACGGUGGUAUUUGUUUAUACUUGGGAUGGCGAGGUUUCCCACAGUGAUGGAGCUCAGGGAUAUCAGGACGAGACAGAGCCGAAUGAGCAGUCAAUCAUCGAUGUUUCGCUCGGCUGAUUUUGAUGGGAUGGUCAAAGCCAAUGCCAAUGGCGAGAGGAGGGGAGUGAAGGGACUGUGGAGGCGGCUAAGAAGAACUAUGGGAUUGGGUUCCAAGCAGUGCGGAACUAGGAAAUCUAAUUUUGGUAUAAAGUUAUAA